AUUUAUUUCUGCUAAACAUCGGCCUAACUUUGCAAGUUUGAAAACAGAAAAAAAAUUAAAUAAUUUUCCUAUUUGAAAAAAAUUAUACCUGCAAAAAUUGUAAAUUUUGAAAUUAAAGCACCCAAGUUUUACUUAGGUCCACUUACGAGCAGGUUAAGGCCACGCUGCUGGCAAAAGUGCUAAAUGGACUAAUUCACUAUUGACUGGUUCAGUGAUUCGUAUUGUGUUCAUUGGUAUUCCCUAAUUUUAAUUAUUUUGACGACUGCGGUGGGGAGUGAAUCGACCGUUCUCUGCCUGUGUGUCUGUGCCGGCAACGUUAGUGAAAGUUGGAUGAAAGUACAUGAUGAUGGAGGCCACAGAAGAGGGAGAGCAGAACAGCAUCCCUUCUUAUUCUUAUCAAAAUGAGGUGAGAACAGAAAUUGUUGUUGAUGAAAACAUGAAAAUCAAAUUAUCUUCUUCCUCCUCCUCACCACCACCUCCAACAACAUCUGCAACAACAACAUCCGCAACAACAACCACAACAAACAACGAGUUGAAAUUUCCUAAAAAAUCCAAAAACUAUGUUGACAAGUUGUUACACUUCAAACAACAACAGCAACAGCAGUCACAACAGCAAAAGCAACCCAAUCCUCAUGGAGUAUUCAUUGAUGUUAAUAAUGCCAUCUUACAGAAUAUACAAAUUAAAUCAGAACCUAGCCGGAUAUCCUACAUUGUCAAGACUAAGUCUUCCUCUUCAUCAGCCUCUAACAGCACCAACAACAUCAGCAAAAACAUCAACAACAACAUCAACAGUAAUGAUGAUGACAUCAACAAAGAUGAAAACAUUAACAAUGGCAUUAUCAUCGGCAGUAAUAAUAAUGAUGAGGCGCCUCACAAACAAAUUCUUCUUCAAAAUUAUUCAAAAAAUGAUGUUUCGCGUGAGCAUUCAGUUAUAGAGUUGAAAGAGACCGCCUCGCCACAGUUGCCAUCAACACCACCAACAUCAUCUCCCCAUCAUCAUCGUCAUCACUCAGCAUCAUCGCUAUCUAACCAUUCCAUCAACACUUCCCCAUCAAGUAUGAUUGACGUCACCACCAACAUCAACUUACAACAACUGCAACAACAGAUGGACUCAUCAAAUUGUUUAGUUUGUGGAGAUCGAGGGUCAGGCUUUCAUUAUUCAACAUUCAGUUGUGAGGGUUGCAAAGGUUUUUUCAAAAGAACUGUUCAGAAGUCGAUGGUGUAUGCAUGUCGAGAGUCGGGGCAUUGUGAUGUUAACAAGUUGACAAGAAACAACUGCCAAUACUGUAGAUUUCAAAAGUGCCUCGAGAUGGGGAUGAAGAAGGAAGCUGUCCGAGAAGACAGGACACCUGGCGGUCGACAGAAGAACACGAACCUUAUGAACUCUGUCAACAAGAAACUUCGUGUUGAUGGUAGCGAUGGUAAUGAUUGCAGAUCAUCAUCGUCGUUAUCAUCGUCCUCGUCAUCUACUCUCCACUCACCCGAAUUGGAUGACCUCAUAAAAAGACUCGUCGAUGCUCAGCCCCAUCUUUCUCCUUCCACGCAAGAUCUGCCAUCAUACAAGCAGCAGUCCCUCAACUCGUCGACCAUACUGGAAAUGGGCAACCUAAUGCACUUCGGCUACCUGGAGUUGAGGCUCAUCAUUGCAUGGGCCCGCAAAGUUCCCGGAUUCGGUAAACUGUCGCCAGUAGAUCAAAUUGCUCUUUUGAAAUCGUCAUUCAUGGAACUGAAUGUACUAAGAUUGGCUUUCAGAUCUUUAGAUUGCGAUGGGUGUGUGCGAUUCACGGAGGGCUUGGAGAUACCACUGCAGAAGUGUUCGGAUGUUCGGUUAGGGAAAGAGUUAGUGAAGUUGACACUGGAGUUCAUCAACAGACUUCGAUUCACAAACAUCGAUUCCACGGAAUUCGCCAUUCUUUGCUCCAUCGUCCUCACCUAUCCAGACGCCAGCGGCCUAGCAGACAAACGCUCGGUGAGCUCGCUGCAAUCUCGCCUGCUGGACUGCCUUCAGCACUACACGAACGCCAACUAUCCAUCGGAACCACGUCGUUCCUGUCGUCUGCUCUUGAGGCUGCCCUCGCUUCGAACCAUAUCCGCUCAUGCCGCCGAAAUGUUCCUCAGCCUCUCCCUCGAAGGCAAUGUCAAGAUGAACGAUCUCGUCCUCGAGAUUAUCAAUAAGAUUGGUUGAUUGUCGUGAUGAUGAUGUGACGAUGAUGGUAAUGAUAGUUUCGUUGAUGAUGAUGCUCUUUCUAGGGUGCUCCAUAUUUCUCACGAACUGUUUCUGCAUUUUCAUGAUUUGCAAAGUGCUUGUCAUAAAUGAUGGAUGCUGAUGGCGAUGACGACGAUGGCUCUGGUUAUCACAGUCACCGUAGCGUCGUCGCUGCAUUAUUUUUUCCACUCAUCUUAAUUGUAAUAUGUUAUUAUUGGGGUUCUGCUAAUAUUAUUUUUAAUACGCUGACUGACUGCACAAACUUAUAAAAAAUUUGCAUGUCAUAAUAUUUAAAUAUAACACAAUCCAUGUGAAUGCAUUUCAUCAACUGUAUGUGUUGUACAUUCGUCUUUUCGUGUCGUGUGCACGGGCUGACGUUUUCGUUCUUGUUUUGUAGUUCUCUGCAGUUCUUGUGCUUUGAUUUAAUGUUCAUUUUUUUCAUAUUCUUAUGUUGGCAAUUUUAAUUAUUCUAGCUAAAGUGAGAACAUUGUUUUGUUUGCUCGUUAUUUCACUACCGACUGUUCGUUAAUUCGAGAAAUGUUCGUUUAAAGACUUUUGCAAACAA